AAGACUUGUGACGAUUUCCUCGUAACUUUGCAUAUCUCUAAGUACUCACGGCUCAGCGAAUCGCCGCGAUAUCGCGAUGCGCUAAUUUCAUGGAUCUACUGAAAUAACGUCGCUCGCUCCGCACGUGUUUGGCUACGAUGUCAAAAAGCGCGCCACUGCGCUAGCCUAGAAUUAAGAUAAGGAUAAGCUAAGAAUAAGGAUAGCUAAGAAUUAAGAUAAGUCGCAACUUCAAAUACGUGAACUUGGUAGUGAGCUUUUUGUUACACGCAUAACGUCCCUCACCUAAAUGUAUCGUGUGACUCGUCGGUGACAAGCCAGAAAUGGCGGCUCCGUGAAGGCGUCUAACAAUAAAAUCUGGCCCGCAGCACGUGGGUAAAGCGCGACGCGACGCGCGACAUAUGAUGAAAUUCGGCGGGCUGAUAUCAUCAACGUCGCAUGCGACCAACCGCGCGCGCGGAUGCUUUAUUCAUUAUCGCACAGUAUACAAACGCGCGGGCACGCAAUUCCUGCUAUCGCAUCUUGCAUAAUCGAUCCAAGUGUAUACGUGUAUAUGUAUAUUACAUGGUCGCUGAGCAGGAAAAAAUUUCGCGCUCGAAUGGACGAAGCUUCCACAGACGGCCGUAAUCUGAAAAUUAUACUUUAAUUAAUUAAAAAGUUAUACUCUUAAGCGACAAAUUAUUUCAUUUAUAUAGCUAUUUCUUAUUUAUUUGUUAUUUACGUCACUGUUCAUUUUUAUUUCUAACAUUUGUUAGGCGAUACCAAUGGGAGACUGCUUCAAAAAAUUUUAGUUGAGUCACUCAAAAGCUAGUUAGGGAACUCGUGACCAGUCGAUAAAAGUUCUCAUUACGUCUUUGAGGUCGGAAGACAAACAUCUUGGCUAACUGGGCGCUUCUGUUGGACUUAAUAGCCGUCUAGAGUAUUAAUUGGUCCUUAUGCGCGAUGACGGGAUCACAAUUUCGCCCAAUCGAACACUGAUCACAUAAAUAAUCGGCCAGGCCGAAUCGUAAUCGGUGGUCACCAAAGAGACGACAACAUGGCGUGCAUAUAAUGAGUCUGUGCUCAUUUAGCGCACGAGACUGCUAAAUGAUUAAUUAAUUAAUGUUCCGUGUGAGAAUGCGAGUUAGCUGGAAUUAAAUAUCCGGAACAUGACAUUAGUUGUUACGAUAAGAGAGAGAGAGAGGGAGAAAAAGUGUGUGUGUGUGUGUGUGUGUACGUGUGUAUUACUGUAUUGUCGUAUUAGAAAAGCGACGUAAAAUAUUAUUUCGUGAUAAUUUGUCUUGACAAUCGUAAAUUGAGGAGAGAAACGCGAUAAAAAAUGCAUCUCAGAGGAAAUUCGCACGAAAAUCUUAGUUUGUAUAAUAGAAUAGAGACCAAACGAAAACUCGGUAAUGAGGAAGGAUACCUCUACUUGAUUUCUUUUGCAAAUUGGUGUUAUGUCUUUCGUAAAUUUGUUUCCCACGUUUUAUGAACAAACCUAUACGGCACCACUCGGAAGACAAAGCAUUUUUCUGCAGCACAAUUUAAAAUAUCAAACAAUAUCUUUGUUAUCGCGUCUGAAAACAUUCAUCUGAACAUUUAACUGCAUUAAAAUUUUAUUGAAGCAACUGAGACUAAUUCAUUGAAGACAAGAUAUUUCACAGGAAUAUUUAUAUUACUAUAACCGAAUUUCCGUCUAGUCCCCGGAAACAACAGAAAAUCAGUUACACAAAUUACAGAGUUAUUUUUUCUACGUGAAAAAACGAUGUUUGAGAAUAUUUCUAAAUGUUUAGUUUAAAAAAUGUAUACCUAAAUACUAACGAGUGUUCUAAUGACCACGAAUUAAAAUAACUAGAGCUCAGAAAAAAAUAUGUAAAGCCGAUACAUCUACUUCUAAUUAGAGCGACACUAUAUUAUCUUUUCAUAUCCACGCAUCCAUCGUCCUAUACACUAUUCUACAGUCUUCAAACGCGUAGUAGAACAGUAUAUGCGUUACAAAUCAAUACUCCUUACCCCGUUUUACUGUCUAACUGAUGAAAAAAUAGACUUGAAAUUUGAACUCUGAUAGGCAUAACAAAAAACAGAAAAAUGCGCACGAUAUGCGUAACGGGUCAUAGUUAAAUGCAGCUGUCAUCCACCGAUAACCUAUCAACAUUUAUCCACUAAAAUUCUUAAUGAAAAUUUUUCCCGAGUGAAUUGUACAUUUCCGCUGUAUCGUCUGGUUUUUCUGCUUGGCUGAAUAAUUAUCAAACAACCGACUCGAACAUUAUUCUUGUCACAUCAACAUCAUUCUCCUGCAAUUUCUCAAGCUGCAGUUAACCCAUUAAUUGUGCACUGAUCUUAUCACAUGAAGCAUUGUUUGAGAAAUACUUAGGAUUAACUGUAACUAAUCCUGAACAGGAUAAUUUACAAUUUUUCUAAUAGCAAUUAACCAUGUUAACUACUAGUACCAAGCCGGAGUACGGCAGUCACGAGAAAAAAUUACCACUGGACAAUUGCAGAGAAUAUUAUCUGGUCUUAUUUGAAUUUUACGUGAAAGAGAUAUCGGGCGACCGCGUGAUGGAAAUCAACCAGAUGUUCUCCAUUCCUACAACUGUCUAUUUUGAAUUUUUCGAUUUCGUGAAUGAUAAUGAUCUAAAAGUGACUCCGGUGGAUCGCCUUUUCCAACCACAGAAAGACAUCGCCAACGACGUCGAAGUCUUCAAUGUCGGGAAAUCAGUGCUCUUCACUGUCGAUUUUAAGAUAACGCGUAAUGUCAAACUGAUCGUAAAGUUCAUCGUGAAAAAGCAGAUUCCUGAAGACAUCAAUUUGGACCUGAAAGAUAUCCUGGUGGGUACUGGCGAGCUGGAUCUGUCCGAUCAGUACAAUGCUUUACGGUUGGAGAUGCUGCAGUGCUGCCAACAAAGUGCCAAGACGUUCGACGGUCAAGUACCGUUGUUUCAUGACAUAAACGAGGCAGGGAAACUGAAUGUCUUCGUGAAAAUGUCCAAUUUUGGCCAGACGAUUAUUACGGACUUCAACGCGCCAAUGCCGCAAGAUUCUAGGACGUUCGUGUUCGGAGCACAAACAAUUGAUCAAAUAUCGAUGUACAAAUUUCGCAAAGUGGACUCUACGGAUGACCUCACCCAAAACUCCAACAAGAAUGUGCAAGGUUCUGUAAAGGAUCCUAUGUGUCAGUUGGAAAAGCAUUGCGAACCGCUUGAAGAGGCGAUGGCUGUAAAAGAGAAAGACGAAGGAACAGAAGACGUGCGAAUGGGUACAACGACAGAAAAGAGAUCGAAGAACACGACAUCAAAAAAUCCACAAAAAUCGAACCCACAUCAUUCGUCCGAGUCUUAUGGUAAGCCGAUCGUUCUCAAAGUGUCCGGUCUAUUCGACAACGGCAACGACGAGAAGCCUACCGUAACGGUUACUGAUGAAAGCGUUGCUGCAAAAUCAGGCAAUUCAUCUAAUCCUAGUCACGAUGUCUUCGUUCUGCGCAUCGGCAAGAAAGGCCUUGUCGGUAUCGGUGAGAAAUCCGACAUACAGUUAGAGAUGAAGACUCCGAAAGGACCUGAAAGAAGACCGCCGAUUAGAUAUGAAACUAGAGAGAUGCAGACAGAUGUUAAGGAAGAAGAAGUGAAAGAUCGUAAGAAGAAACCGAAGAAGAAGAAGAAGAAGAAGAAGAAGAACUAAUAAAAGCAUUGUAAUCAAAUUUGGAUAUAAAGUUCUGAUAGAUUCAAAUAAAUUCGAAAGAAAAUCUUAUUCUUUAAUUUUCAUACUGACAAUUUUGCAGAUAUAAU